AUGGGGCAAACAGGGGAAGAAGGCAGCAGAAAUGGCGAGAGCGGUGAGAAGGAACAAGACGGAGACGUGGUGGAACCGAUACAGUUCGUAGACGUCAACGCAACGAAUAUCUUCGAUUUGGACUUAACCCAGUUAGAUAUAAAAAGAGUGAAUAACCAUAUGAGGCUAAGUGAGAUAAGUCAGCUGUACUACUACCUGAACAAGAACUCCUUUUGCUAUACGUCGGAGGAGAGGCCAUACAUUUCUAACAUGCUGCAAUUGAAAUCCUUUUUUUCCUCCAAUGAUGUUGAAAAUUAUGAAAUUCUUGAGCAGCUGAAGCAGCAUGAUGCGAGGGAGAAUUCGCGGAUGCGCAAGUUCAACCUCGGCCGGGUUAUAUCGCGUAGUAAGCUUGAGGAGAGGGAAAUGAUGGGAAUGUCGGGGGGGAAGAGGGGCCCGCAGAAGGUGGGGGGUACGUGGAAUGAGUACGGCGCUGAUGUGCAGACCGACGUGGGGGAUGAGUGGGAGGGGCGCGGCAGUGGUAGUGAUAACCGAAAUGGUAGUAGCAACCGAAAUGGCAGUAGCAACCGCUACGCUAGUGACAACCGCUACGCUAGUGACAACCGCAAUGGUGGUGAUGGCGACCCCCUCGGCGGGGCAAAACCCAAGGGGGGGAGUAACCAAAGGAACGGGCACCACACACCGGGGAAAGCGUGGCACACACGCGUGUCGCCCACAAACUCGUGUCACUCCUCCGAGUUGACCUCCUCAACGAGCUCCUCCUCGUUCUGCUCGUCCUCCUCCUCGUCCUCUUCCUCGUUGUCCUCCCUCUCUGCGUUUUCAACGAACAGGGCAGACAAGAGCGGAAAGAAGGGGACCCACAUGAGUAAUUUAAAAAUCUUAGAUGUGAUAAAAAAGUACAAUGAAAAUCUGGAAAAAAUAGAAACCAAAAAAAAAAAAAAAAUUAAAAGUCGAAUUGGGAAGCUAAAAAAAUAUGACUCAGUCAGCAUCCAAGGGCAUAACAACAAAAUGGUCAUGUGGCAGAUAUAUAAGUUUGUGAAACAGAAGAGCAGCGUGAGCAUUAUAGGCCAAUUGAUAUACAGCAGUAGGGACUGUAAGAAAUUUCUUUACAACGGCUUGGAUUGCCAUAUGAAUAGGUGGAAUGUGGUGCCCUGCCUGGGCUACCUCAACGAUAUCAGCGAACAAGAGGUGGCUCACAGGAUACAGGUGUAUAACUUUUACGAGUUUAUUUACCUUUUCGAUGAGUUUCCCCUCUGCUGUCGGCAUAGGAGGAGGUUGUGUGGGGCCCAGUUCGGGGGGGAAACCGAGAAAACCAAACUGGGAGAGACAACCGAAGAAGCCACCCCUGGAGAGGCAAACCACAGCAGCCCCUGCGAGUACGACGACCAAAUUGUGUUCAACUCCCUGCAGCGAGAGAAGAAGCAGAGGGACCAACCCAACUGCAGCUUCCGAGUGUUUUACUACGACCGAUUUUUGUAUAAAAACACGCAGAUGGUUCCCCAGCUAGCCAAAAACUGCAUCAGCAUAAACAGGAGCACGGGAGAAAAUUUCAAUUUUUACCUCAAGUCAAACGUAUACGCAACAGUGAGAGACACCUACAAUGUAUUUUUCGAUCCAAACAAUACCUACGUGUUAACCCAAAAAAAUUUCGAGUACUUAUAUUUUUUUUGUUUCAACUGCGAAGCAUAUUAUGAUAUUAAUAUAAUUCUGUGUUCCCUCCUUUAUAGCCACAUGAAUGGCUUGAAGGGGUUAGAGGCACCGGGGGACUUGGCGAAAAUGGCUCCCUUCCUACAAAAGUAUAAAAAACAAUAUGAUGUGAGGAUCAAAAGACAAAGGGUUAAACAAACAGACGUUUAUUUUAUUUGCCCCAAUUGUACACUCAACAAUGUGCACCAUGUGAAUGAACACCUCCCUUUUUUUUUUUAUUUUUGUGACAUCGUAAAUCUGCAUAAUCAUCCCUUUUUAAUAUACAAUGAGUGUAUGAAAAAUAUUUUCCAUUUGGACCUUCCGUUUUUCUGCCUGUACAAUGUGCCCGAGGAGAAGGCGCUGCUAAAUGCUCAGAAAAAAAAAAUGCCCAUUGUUGAUAGGGGCAAAAGUUUGCCUGCACAGAAGGCCAGCAAGAAAAAAAAAAACGCCCCCGUGUGUGCAAGCGGGAAACGCAGGAGCGGUAAAGGCGGGGAAGCGCCGGCCGUCGCGCAGGGGGGCAAGCAAAUUGGCAACCCCAUUGGGAGUGGCAGCACUAUUGGGAGUGGCAACCCUAUUGGGAGUAGCAGCACCAUUGGAAGCAGCAACGCAAUCGGAAGUAAUAACACCACGGGGAGUAGCAACCCCAUCGGAAGUAGCAACCCCAUCGGUAGUAAUAACACCACUGGGAGUAAUAACACCACUGGGAGUAAUAACACCACUGGGAGUAAUAACACCUCUGGGAGUAGCAACCCCACUGGGAGUGAACGCUCCGCAGUUCGGGCGCAGGAAAGGGUGCCCCUCGCGCCGCUCACACCACCCGCGCGUGGUCGUCACUGCGAAGUGGCCGAGCGCGGGGCCCAAGAGGGGCAGCGGAGUUCGCGCGCGGGCAUGGCUAGCGAGGAAAAGGGGAAAAGGGGGCAACUCGCGGGGGGAGCAGGCGAAGUGGAAGAAGCAGGCGAAGUGGAAGAAGCAGGCGAAGUGGAAGGACCAAUCAAAGUGGAAGGACCAAUCAAAGUGGAAGGACCAAUCAAAGUGGAAGGACCAAUCAAAGUGGAAGGACCAAUCAAAGUGGAAGGACCAAUCAAAUUGGAAGGACCAAUCAACGUGGAAGAGGCAAUCCACGUGGAGAAAACUCGCCAUGGGGGUGAAGAAGCCAACAAAGGGAAGAAACCCCCCCAGGCGAAAAAAGCCACCCAGAUGGGAAAUCCCAGUCAUGCCGCGGAGCGAAGCCGAGUGAAAGGCGAGGUGGUCCCUGCGCCAGACCGUGGGCACGGUAAAGAAAGUUCUGAUCGGCAGCGGGAACCCCUCGAUGAGUACCCCCAAAAGGAAGAAGCAGGGAGGGGAAAGGCCUCCCCUGAGGGGCAGGAGACCUCCAGGGAAGAAACGCGAAGCAGCAAAAGGCGGAGCGAUAGGAAGAGGAAGAAAAAAAAGGAAGAGGACGAUGAGUUGUUUGAUGAGGGGUGCCUGUCAAACGAAAGCGAAGAGGAAGAUACCUUUGACGAUGACUUGGGUGGUCGCACAGACGAAGAUAUUGUGGAGGAGAAUCAAAUUUUGAUUGAGGAGGUGUACAGCGGGGACUCUGAUUUUUGCAACGAGGAGCAGGCGCCCGGGCGGAAGAGAAGGAAGAAGGCGGGGAAGAAAGGGAGGCCCCCCAAGAGGGAGGGCGGCAAGGGGAAGAGGGGCGCCUCGCGGGAGAAAGGAGCGGGAGCGGUCCCAUGCGGUGCGAAUGUGGGCGGUGCGAACAUUGGCGGAAACGUGGGCGGAAACGUGGGCGGAAACUGCGUUAGCGGCGGGAACGUCGGCUGCGGAAACUGCGUGGGCUGCUUGAGCGGCGCGAACGCCCGCGGGGGGAACCUCUGCCCGGAGAGGAAGAAGGAAGAAGAGUACAAGACACUGGUGGACGACGUGAACCGCGCGUGCAACGAAGACGACGCAGCGAACAGAAGCAUAAGCAAAUACACCAAGGUGAUAGAAAAAAUAAAACGUGCCCUAGACAAAGAAGGCACCUCAGAAGAUACCAAAGACCUCAGCGAAAGAAUCGUAAAAGCAGUAAUUCAAAAUUUUAAUGACAAAAUGGAAAUAAAAAUGAAGCUGUUUUCUAUCUGCUCUAACCUCAUACGGAAGGACAACGCAGAAUUGAGGAGCAAAAUUCUUAAGGGGGUAAUACCGGCCACAGAUCUGGCCCAUAUGGACUCAUCAGAUUUAGCUCCCAUCAGUUUGAAGAACAAGAGGAAGGAACACGAGAGGAAAUACUUUUACGAAAAUAUUUAUCUGCGUGAGAAUUUCCUUAAUUUGAAAAAUAAUAAAAAUUUGGAGGAGGAGGUUUUUCACCCCGCGGGGGUCACGUUGGAGCAUCAGCAGCGGGGGGAGCAGCGGGAGGAGCAGGGGGAGAAGCAGGAGGAGAAGCAGGAUGAUAGUCGAGUGGGGCAAGAGGGGGGCGAGGAGAGUCCAGAGGAUGGCGGUGUUAAUGUGGCGAAUACGAUCGGCGGAGUGGCCGAGGAGGGACUCACCCACCCCCGGGGUUCCAAAAAGAGAGCCUCUUCCAACCAGAGCGACGAGUUGCACCCCUUAAAACAGGGGGACAGCAAUGGAGAGGAGAAAAACGUUAACCCCUCAAGUAGCAUGAGUGCCAAUCUAAGCGACAGCAAACAAAGGAGAAAAGGGUCCUCCGGAAAUGAAGACGAGGAGAAGAACCUCUGUGUGAUGAUACCCCCCAUGGAGAAAUACUCAUUUGAAUUCACCUACCAGAGUUUGAAGGGCGUGUAUGAGCACAUGCCCAAAUACGCCUCCUCCCCCAUCCUCACCUUCCUGGACAAUUCCUAUAACCGCAUCGUCACCAUCAUCGACGCGAGCAAGAAUGGGCAGCUCUGA